CGUGGAUGGUGUCAUCAUUUCCGCACGCAAGAAGGAAUGACGAUGACGAUGGGGAUGGUGCGCGUGACCACGACUGUCGUGGUGCUAGCUGGCGUGCUCGCUUGUCUGACGCUCAUGGCUCGGCCAGCCUGCGGUGGCGGUGUCGUUCGAGAGUACUUUAUCUCAGCAGACAAAGUGUUGUGGGACUAUGCGCCCAGCGGCCGUGAUGUGUUCAUGGGCAAAGACUUUGGUAGCAUGAAACACCAGCAGCAGCAGCAGCAUGAUGCUGCACCACGCCAACGAAGAGACACAGAACACACGAAGCACAACACCACCCAGACGCAACAUCAACAGCAACAACAUCAUCAACAACAACAACAACAGCCGCAGCAGCAGCAACGGCAAGGGCAACAGGAAAGCCCACAACACCACCGGCACCAGCAGCAACCAGAACAGCAGGCGACCAGAUCAUUAUCAUCCUCUGAACCGACUUUUGACUCCACGACAGCACCUGCGGCCUCCACGGAACCAACAACCAGCACAGAUCCGGCCUCCUCUUCCCCAACCCCAACCCCGACCACCACGACCGCCACGACCACCACGACCACCACGGCCCGUGCGGAGCAUGGGCAUGACCACCACGGCCCCAUGGGACACAUGCACGGCGCAUCAACAUGGAUGGAGGCGUCCAGCACCAGGAUUGGCCGGAGGUACUACAAGGCAAAGUAUCGCGAGUACACAGACAGCACGUUCCAGUCGCUGAAACCUGUUUCUGCCGAAUGGCAACACCUUGGGCUGCUGGGCCCUGUGAUUCGGGCAAGCGUUGGCGACACCAUCAAGGUUGUGUACCGCAAUGCCGUCGACUUUCCAACGUCCAUCCAUCCCCACGGUCUUCGGUACACUAAAGACAACGAAGGUGCGCCGUAUGCAGACAACUCCACAGCGGGCGACGCAAUUGCGCCUGGUGAGACGUACACAUACACGUGGGAGGUGCCUGAGCAGAGCGGACCGGGCCCUAUGGACGGGUCUUCUGUUGCGUGGAUGUACCACUCGCACGUGGACGAGCCACGGGAAACGAACGCAGGUCUCAUUGGCGUCAUCAUCAUCACCGCGCGUGACAAGGCAAACGCGGAUGCGACCCCAGCUGACGUUGACCGGGAGCUGGUUGCGGGCUUCUUCAUCGUGGACGAGGGACUCAGCUCUUACUUCUCCCUCAACAUCAACGAAUUUCUUCACGCGGAGAGCGACGAACAGCUCGCUGCCAUUGUUGCUGAUGAUGGCUUCCAGGAGAGCAACCACAUGUACACGAUUAACGGGCGUGUGUAUGGGAACAUGCCUGGCUUUCGCGUGCGUGUGGGCGAGCGCGUACGCUGGUAUUUGUUCUCCUUUGGAAACCAACAAGACCUGCACACCCCGCACUGGCACGGCAACACCCUUGUCCACAGGGGCCAUCGUGUGGACGUGCUGCAGCUGCUGCCAGCAUACAUCACAGUUGCAGACAUGGAGCCCAUGAAUCCGGGCAUGUGGAUGUUCCAGUGCCACGUGACGCACCACAUCCACGGCGGCAUGUACGGCGCGUACUAUGUUGAGCCGAGCGCUGGUGUCGCCAUUCAUCACCACACAAGCAGUGCUGGCACUUCCCGUGCCGGCACCGGUGGCCGCACCCAGCACUUUGCGCCAGGAUACAACCAGCAGCUGGUGGCGGCUGAUUCGUCCCGGACGGCGACGCUGACGGUGGUGGCGAUUGUCAUGCUCGCCCUCCUCAUUGUCGCACUUGCAACCCUUUAUCGAAGGCGGACGUUUGCGCAGGGGCCCGGGAGGGGUGGUGGUCAAUACAAACCCGUCAAUGCCGUGUAGUCUGGAAGUGGGUGUGAGUGUGACCUGAAGUAACACAUGGCGAGUGUGCAGCCUGUACAUGCCAUAUGUAACCCGUGCACCCCAUGCAACGCUGCGGUUUUGGGCAACGGUUCGUGUUCCUCAUCGCAGUGAUGUAACCAACCUGUGAUGUUUGUUCUGACGCGUUGACAUGAUUAUCACAUGACAUGACUGUCACAUCCCAUCACAUCACGUCGUUUCGACUCCAUCAUUAUUGCUUGGUCCUGUCCACAUGUUGUUUUGUCGUAAUUGAACUAAGUGACUUUGCACGAUGCACGCACGCGUGUGUUUGUGUGAAUGUAUGUUUGGAUAAGAUUUUGCUCCUCUUCUAAUGCUCUUCAAUGUCGCCCCCAAAAACGGCUUGCUUGUUGUUCGUGUGUGAAUGUAUGUCAUAGCUCGCGCGUGUGUAUUGCGGGGCAGGCGCCCUGCCUGCCACUUGCUUGCUCGAACAGCAACAUCGAGAAAGCGAGAAAAGACAGCAGGCAACGAGUAAAAGCAUGCAACACAA